AUGGAGGACGGUGACCGUCCCCCCUUCCCUCUCCUUCGUCUCCCCGACGACCCUCUCCAACUUGUUGUCCUACUAAUGAGAAGAUUUGAUCAAUUCGCUCUAUCAUUGGUCUCGAAACAAAGCAAGGAAGUGGUGAAAUCGAUUGGCCUCUCUUCUCGAAUCACUAUCAAAGUUGACGAAGAGGAAGUCUCAAUUAGAAUUCACAAACGCAUCACCGAAAACAUCCGUUGCUCGUUUGCAGACGAUCAAGUUGCCAUUAAUAACUUGCCGUCUGAAAUGGUCAAACCAACGGUCACCUCGACCAGGGGACGACAUAGUUUCACACGGAGCCGAAAAGGUUAUCGAUUCGAGGAUUGGUUGAGUCACUGCCUUGAAGUCUUCCAUCAAUCGAAAGUGACAACUGUCUUUUUUGAACGACUGAUCCCCCAUUUCAAAUCUUUCCGGAAAACAUUCGAAUCGUUCACAAUAUUAAAAAUAAUGCGAGAAUACACUGAUGAGGAAGCUCGUGAUCUUCUGAAACUUUUCAUACCAGUGAAAAAACUAUACUUGGACUGUAAUCCGUUUACAAACAAAGAUGAAAAUAACAAGCUUCUGCAGGAAGUUUUCAUUCAAAAUUUCAAUCAUCUUGACUUAAACUGGAGGACUCCAUUAGCUAUCGAUAAUCUAUUGAUAAUGAAUAGUAAGGUUAUAACGAUAAGCAGUGAGAAACUCAGUGAAAAAGUUUUGAAUCGCUUCAUCAAACACUGGAUGGCUGGGUCGAAUCCUAGAUUGGAAUACUUGGAACUUUCUUCGGAUGAUGACCGAAGAAUCAGCGAGGAGGCCGUUCUAAAAGGAAUCAACUAUCAAAAGAUGCCUUCUACUCAUCGAAGAUAUUUGGAGAACCCUCCGUUUAUCAACAAUCCCGAUUAUGCGUACAUUAAUGGUGGAUACGAUGUGCGUAGGGCUGAUGGGACGACUGCUUCUGUUCUGUUUAACAAUUAUGCGUAUUUUGUGCUUGUAGUUUUGAAUUAA